CGCAUUGGCAGCACUGGCAAAACAGCUGCCGGUUUGUUAUUCAACUAUUUGCCUUACCUACAGCAGGGAUAAAAUAAAUAAAGCAACACAAUGGGUUUGCUGACACAAGUGUGGGCCAAAGCGGCGCCAGCAAAGGAGACUACUCCAUCACCACCAGAAGCUGUGAUACUGGCCGAUGCUAAGCCAGUGCAAGAUGUGAAUAAAACGGCUGCCAACCCAGACACAACACCACCAGCAACAACGCCGGACAAAGAGCCAAAGGAAUGGGGUUAUGAUCUCUAUCCGGAGCGACGUGGUGAAGCUUACAAACCAAGACUGUCACACAUCCUGUUUGGAAGCGAGGGCAAGGAGAGCAUCGAUCGCUACAAGUGCGAACAGAACGUUUAUUGGUGCGUGAAGAAUGGUCCGCUCGUCAAGCUGAUGAUGGGCGCCCUGCGCAGCUCCGGUUGCCCCAUGGAUCUGCGGCGUCACAUCUCUUGUGAGGUUUGCGAUCCCAGCGUAACUGGUGGCUAUGAUCCGGUGUUGAAUCAGAUUGUUGUCUGCCAGAAUAUGGCCAAAAACAAGAGUAUGGUGCAUGGCGUCUUAACCCACGAGAUGAUUCACAUGUUCGAUUACUGUAAUAAUGAUUUGGAUUUCCGCAAUGUGGAUCAUUUGGCGUGCACUGAGAUUAGGGCAGCUAAUUUGGCACAUUGUUCCUUCCUGAGUGCCAUGAUGCAGGGCGAUGCUUCGCCAUUUAAUGUGAAGGAGGCGCAUCAGAACUGUGUGAAAUCCAAGGCCUUGGCCUCGGUGCUCGCUGUGCGCAAUAUUAGUCAUCAGGCGGCUGUGGAUGCAGUGGAGCGCGUCUUCCCCAAGUGCUAUGCGGAUCUGGAGCCGAUUGGACGCCGAAUACGCCGCAAUUCGACAGACCAACAGAAGGCCUUCAUGGAAGCCCCCAUGUAUGGCUACGAUGUGUAUUAGAAAAUCAAGAGCAGCAGACUAAUUCAAUUAAUCGCUGCAAAACGCAAAUUAUGUUUUAAGAAUUAAUGGCAUAACAUUAAAUUAAUUUUAUGCAUUAUUUUCAAGGUUGAAUGCAAAUAAAAUAAAAUACAAG